GGCAAUAUUUUCUCCUUUUAAAUACAUAUAUUUCUCCCUCCAACUUUCACCAUCUCUCUCUCUCUCUCUCUCUCUCUCUCACACACACACACUCUUUUUCACCUCCAUCACUAAUAAAAUUCUCAAAAUAUAGGACUCCACACCAAAUUUUUUAGUACUUGAAUUUGAUUUACUAGGCUAAUUGCAUAAAGAGAUUUUUUGUUGAUCAACAAUACAAUGGCGAACGGAAACGAUCAAAACCGACAACCCGAAACGGGAAAGAUCUCGAUCGAAUCCAAAUCACCACUUCCAAACUUCCACCAAUCCGUUCGUCUCAAAUACGUCAAACUCGGCUACCACCACUUGAUCUCGCACGCCGUCGUCUACUUAUUCCUACUCCCCUUACUAGCCCUAUUCCCCCUCCAUCUCUCGUCUCUCACGACACACGAUCUACUCCAAUUGUGGGACCUACUCAAAUCCAAUUCCUUCUCGUUUGUCAUUUGCUCCACGCUAAUGGUCUUUCUAGCCACACUUCACUUCAUGACAAGGCCUAGAAAAGUCUACCUAGUCGACUUCGCCUGUUACAAGCCGGAAGAGGUCAUGUGUAGCAAGGAAAUGUUCAUGGACCGGUCGAGACGCGCCGGGACUUUUACGCAGGAGAAUCUGGACUUUCAGAAGAGGAUCAUGGAAAGAUCCGGACUGGGCCAGAAGACCUACUUUCCGGAAGCCCUAAUGCGGGUCCCGGCCAGCCCCAGCAUGGCCGAGGCCCGCAAGGAGGCACAAAUGGUCAUGUUUGGUGCGAUUGACGAUUUGUUGGCGAAAACGGGGAUUAGGGCGAAGGAUAUUGGGAUACUCGUGGUGAAUUGUAGCUUGUUCAAUCCGACGCCGUCGCUUUCGGCUAUGGUUGUGAACCAUUACAAGCUUAGGGGGAAUAUUUUGAGCUAUAAUCUUGGUGGCAUGGGUUGCAGUGCUGGAUUGAUCUCAAUUGAUCUUGCCAAACAGCUUUUGGAGGUCAACAAAAAUACCUACGCCUUGGUGGUAAGCACCGAGAACAUAACCCUAAACUGGUACUUCGGCAACGACCGGUCAAUGCUCGUCUCAAACUGCAUCUUCCGCAUGGGUGGCGCCGCCAUCCUCCUCUCCAACAACCCCACCCACCGCCGCCGCUCCAAGUACCAGCUCCUCCACACCGUCCGCACCCACACCGGCUCCGACCAAAAAAGCCACACGUGCGUCUACCAACAAGAAGACGAAACCCGACAAAUUGGAGUUUCUCUCUCCAAAGACCUAAUGUCGGUCGCCGGAGAAGCCCUCAAGACCAACAUCACCACCCUAGGGCCGCUGGUCCUCCCCACAUCGGAGCAGCUCCUCUUCCUCCUCACACUCGCCGCUAAAAAGAUUCUCAAGAUGAAGAGCAUCAAGCCUUACAUACCCGAUUUCAAGCUCGCGUUCGAGCAUUUCUGCGUGCAUGCGGGCGGGCGGGCGGUGCUCGACGAGGUCGAGAAGAAUCUCGAUUUGAGCGAGUGGCAUAUGGAACCUUCUAGAAUGACUCUUUAUCGAUUCGGGAAUACUUCGAGUAGCUCUUUGUGGUAUGAGUUGGCUUAUUGUGAGGCUAAGGGGAGGAUUAUGAAGGGGGAUAGGGUUUGGCAAAUUGCGUUCGGGUCGGGCUUUAAGUGUAAUAGCGCGGUUUGGCGGGCUUUGAAGCGGGUCGACCCGGUUCGGGAGAAGAAUCCUUGGAUGGAUGAGAUUGAUGAUUUUCCGGUUGAGGUGCCGAGGGUGGCGAAUGUAAAUUAAUUGAUUCUUAAAUUUGAGAGAAAAUAAUAUGUGUAAUUAUUUGUUUAAUUAAUUCAUAAAUAUUUUACUUGAAGGAAGUUAUAACUUUGUUGUAUUGAUAUCAAUUAAAUGCAGUUUAUGAAAUUUAAGAUGUCCGA